AGUUAGGGGGUUAGUGUGUGUCGGAACGCGGGUGAGAGCGGACUGUUGCGAGAUCUGCGCGCGCGGGGAGUCCGACGUGGUUGUGGACGUCGACUCUCGUUACCUUUUCGGAUUUGCGUUGCGUUGCUUGUGGUGUCGCUUUAGUGUCUCUGAGUGUGUCGUUUUUCCCCCCCACCUGUCUGUGAGGCGGUGGAGAUUGCCAUCCUUAAUUAUUUUUUCCCUCCAAAACCUCCGAAUUAAGAUGAAAAUGAAAUCGCCUACCAUGGCCCCUCUAACCUCGUGGACGGUGUUGCUCGUGGCGGGAUGUUGCUCGGCCUUCAACAUCGACAUCGGGAACCACAUGAUGUACUACAGCAACCAGACCGACUCCAUGUUCGGCUUUGCGGUGGCACAGCACAAGUACAGAGGACAGAGUCGGUUACUGGUGGGGGCCCCGCGCUUCGAGACGGACCAGCGGCAGCGAGGUGUGUCGAGGGCGGGGGCGGUGCUGCAGUGCUACCCCGACAUGCCCGACCGCUGCGACUACGUGCCCUUCGAUAGGAACGGUAACAACGUUCACUACCUCGGGCAGCAGCUGGACAGCAAGAGUGACCAGUGGUUCGGCGCCACCGUCAGGAGCUCGGGAGAUGACGGCAUCGUGGUG